GGAGUGGGGGCAGGGAAGCUUUCGUAGAAAGCCAUCGAAGAUGAAGCACCACAAAACCAAAGGGGAGUUCAAGGUCAAUGAGCCCAUCUCCACCCGCUUCCUCUGGUGGGAGCUAAAAGAGAGCACAGAGAAAGCACCAGCAUCUCCGACCUGAGCAGCCUUCCUGGGAAGAUGCAGCCUCUCCUGCUCCUGCUGGCCUUUUUCCUGCCUUCUAGGGCAAAGGCAGGGGAGAUCAUCGGGGGACAUGAGGCCAAGCCCCACUCCCGGCCCUACAUGGCAUAUCUGUGGAUCCAGAAUAGGGAGGUGUGCAGUAAGUGUGGUGGGUUCCUGAUACAAGAGAAGUUCGUGCUGACAGCCGCUCACUGCUGGGGAAGCUCCAUCAACAUCACCCUGGGGGCCCACAACAUCAAGAAGCAGGAGAAGACCCAGCAGAUCAUCCCCGUGAGAAGAGCCAUCCCCCACCCAGACUAUAAUCCAAAGAACUACUCCAACGACAUCAUGUUACUGCAGCUGGUGAAAAAGGCCAAGCUGACUGCAGCUGUGAGGCCCCUGGGCCUGCCCAAAGGCAAGGACAGGGUGAGGCUGGGACAGGUGUGCAGUGUGGCCGGCUGGGGACAGAUGGCCACGGGAAGAUACCCAGACACACUGCAGGAGGUAGAGCUGAUCAUGCAGGAGGAUCAGGAGUGCAAAUCCCGCUUCCCCAAUUAUUACAACCACAAAACUCAGCUCUGUGUGGGAGACCCAAAGGAAAAGAAGUCUUCCUUUCAGGGGGACUCUGGGGGCCCUCUCCUGUGUAACAAUGUGGCUCAGGGCAUCGUCUCCUAUGGACCAAAAGAUGGGGCACCUCCACGGGCCUACACUAAAGUCACAAGUUUCCUGCCCUGGAUAAAGAAAACGAUGAGAGGCCUCUUCCUGCAGGAACCAGACUAUUUGCUCUGAAGCUGAUCUAGAAUCACACUGGGGAGGGUGGGAGGGAAGGUGCCAGCUGUCAAAUAAAUGUCUCUCAACUGAGUGUGAAGGGCUGGUUUCUUGUGUGUGUUUACUGACCCUCUUUCCCUGGCAUCCACUCUGUGCUUAGAAGGCCAGUGACACA